AUGCCUUGUCGUAGGAGCAUCUGUGACACCACUGUUCCAGUAGGGGCAUCAGUGACGGCCACUCCCUCGUGGGAACGUCAUACUCAUGGCAAUGUAAACGCAAACUUCCGCCAUGGUGGUGCUGUUCUCGUCCUCGACCAGGGAAUGUCAGACCUUGCAACUGUGAUCCCAGGACAUGACGCAGACAUCCGAAUCCAUUACGCUGGUAGUGGGAGAAGCAGUGCCCGUGGCUACUUAGGAGCAUCUGUGGUGACCGUCGUUCCGGUAGGAUCAUCCGUGACGAUCAUUGGAGCUCCCGUGGUAGCGGCCUCAGUGGAGGCCCCCGUGGGAGACUGGGUAGCCCCCUUGGUAGGAGUCUCGGCAGCAGCUUCCAUGGAGACCAUGGUAGGAGCAGCUGUCUCGGCGGACAGGAACCCUUCCAAGUAA